CAGUUCAAAAAUAAAUCUGAUUCGGACAGGAUGCCACUUCUUCAAUUGUUGUAAUUUAUUAUGAGUGGCUAUUGGUACGUCAUGUAGUGAAGUGUGUGUUAAUAAAACGCAAACUAUUAAAAUACUUCUUCAAUCGCUUUGAGUAACUAUUUAUUAACUAUGUUUUGCUCUCUAGAUCUCAAGUGUGGUGUUAACAUGGUGGUUACUAAAAAAAUCUACACUUUGAUAGCGUUUCUAGUUCUUUUAAGUUUUGCUAGUGGAGACGAAGCCAAGGGUAGUCUUACGUUUGUUAUUGAUGACACAAACUCGAUGGAUUCUGAAAUCAAUCAAGUUAAAGAGAAAACAAAUGAAAUUUUUGCAGCCGUACUUAAUUCCAAUGCAACACAGAUAGAUGAGUUUAUUAUUGUGACUUUCAAUGAUCCUCAUGUAAAACUUCGAGUAAAAUCAAAUAAGCGCGGACUCUUCACAAGAGCGUUAACUUUGAUACAACCUAAAAACGGUGAUGACUGCCCAGAAAUGGCAAUGACAGGAAUCCAACUUGCACUCGAAGAGAGCAAACGAAAUUCAUUUUUGUACGUGUUUACUGACGCGUCUGCUAAGGAUUACGAUCAAUAUGAAAACGUCAAAAGUUUGGCGCAACAGAAAUCCAUUCAGGUUAACUUUCUUUUAACCGGUGAAUGUCAAGAUUCGGUUGAGGAGCGACACACUGUGUACGACCAUCUUGCGACAGCCACUUCAGGACAGGUCUUUCAUAUUGAUAAAGACGAGAUUAGCAAGAUAAUUGAAUACAUUUUAGCAAAUUUAAGAAACAGAAGGAUUAAUUUACUACACAAGACUUAUGAAUAUACUCGUAGAUGUGAUAACUUAAAAUUUACAGUGGACAGCAAGGUUUGGGAAGUUCUAAUUGCCUUAUCAGCUUCGAGACCAUUAUAUUAUAGUGAGCUCAAAGUGUAUGGACCUGGCGGUACUGAAGAAUCAAUCCAAAUUUUUAUAAACACAGAUAACACACAAAUCUUCAAAAUGCACGGCAAACCGGGUGACUACGUCACAAAUAUACUAGAUUGCGAAGGAAUUACAGUAGUUGUGAGUGCUUCGACAUCUGUAAGUUUCAGGCAUGGCUUUUCUUCUGUCAAACCACGUUCUUUAGAUGAAACUUCCACAAAACCUAUUGCAGGUAAAGAAUCAUAUUUGGCAAUUGCACUAACCAACGAAGAUAGAGACAUCACAUUGAAAACUGUUGAAAUUCGGGAUACGGACGAUAAUUUAAUUCCACCCCCAUUUCCAUUAACGUUGGUAGAUGACGAAAAGCAGUUUUAUACUACAGACCUAUUUACUCCACCAAAAAAGACGUUUACAAUUGCGGUAAUUGGAUUCACAAAAUCAAAUGAAAAAAUAACCAGGGUAUCUCAAACGAGCAUCGAGUACCAUACACCACUACCUCCAGUGUUAACACCACCUACAGUCACAAUUUUAGGACCAAAGGAUGUCCCUGGAGAUAAUAAUAAGGCUGUGUACCUAAAAUGCAAAGUAACUGGCUAUCCUGAGCCUAAAAUUUCGUGGGAAAAUAAAUAUAGCAAAGACUUUACGACAUCUAAGACAUAUGAAAUUGCUCCAAACGAAUUUAUGAAUGUUUUGCACGUAGGACAAGUAUCAGAAAGUGUAACAUUUACUUGCAAGGCAAGAAAUUUUCAAGAAAACUCAGACAGUGUUACGGUGACAGUAGAGAAUAAAUCUUUUCUUAAUGUCUUGGAAUAUCCAACAGAUAGAUCUGUUGAGUUCGGAGACUUCUUAGAAUUAAAUUUAAAAAUUGAUGCAAACCCGCCGGCAACAAUUAUUUGGUACAAAGAUGGUGCAGAAAUUAAUAGUAAUUACGAUAUGGAAAUAAUAACUUCUUCUCAAGGCUCUUCUUUGAGAAUUAAAAGUGCAAAACCGUCUCUAGAAGGAAAAUAUUUUGUGAUAGCUUCAAACGGACACACGACUGAUACAAAUAAAAAAUAUGAAUUCAAAAUUACCGUAACGAUAAAGGAAAAGGCAGCUAUAGUUACUAUUUUAGAGGGAAACAAAGUAACUGUUUAUGAAGAUCAACCUAUAACGCUAAAUUGCAAAGUAGAAGGAUUUCCUGAACCAAUCAUCACGUGGGAAGACCAGUAUCAAAAUGUCUUAUCAUCUAAGACAAAUGGGAUAACUCCACCAUACGAAUACAUAAGUACCCUUCACAUAAAUAAAGCAACUGGAACUGAUAGUGGAACAUAUAUUUGCAAAGCAAGCAACUUUAAAGACGAUUCAGGCUCAGUUAAAGUUAACGUAAUAAAGAAAUCUGUUUUUAAUGUUUUGGAAUAUCCAAAAGAUACAUCUGUAGAGUAUGGCAAAUCUGUGGAAUUAAAUUUCAAAAUCGAUGCUCAUCCACCAGCAAAAAUUAUCUGGUACCUAAAUGGUAAAGAAAUUAGAAAUGAUAAUGAUUUUGAUAUUUCUUUGGAUAGUUCUGUUCUAAAAAUUAAGAAUGCACAACUUGGACUUCAAGGAAAGUACUAUGUGACAGGCUCUAAUGGUGAUGAACAAGAAGGUCAUGAAUUCCAUGUUACUGUGACUGGUACAGAGGAGCCAAAAAUUUACAAACACAUUAAUAGUUACACAAAAUACAGGGGAUCUAGUGUGGAUAUAGAGUGCAGGAUUAUUCAGGGUAAGCCUGAACCGGUGAUUUCGUGGUCAUUCGAUCGCAAUUUUUUGGGAAAAUUUACAAAUUUAAAGGAGACUAGAGAAAUUAUUCAUAUUGACCAUGUUACAAAUGACGAUGUCGGUAUUUAUAGAUGCGAUGUUUCAAAUGUAGUUGGACCCGAUCACCAUGAAAUGCUGCUAUAUAUCGAAUAUCCUCCUACAGUAAAAGUAAAACCAAGCAGAAAUUUUAACAGUAAAAAGGGGGAACGAGUAAAGCUUGCUUGUGAGGUGGACGGAUCACCCACUCCCGAUGUACGAUGGUUUGUGAAUAACAUGGAAAUCUUAGGUGGAACAAAAUAUAAAAUUUAUCGAGAUCAUACUCUAAGUUUCACAGGUUCGAUCGGAGAUUAUGGAAAAUAUGUCUGUGAAGCUUCGAACUAUUUAAAAAAAGUACGCGCAGAAGUGAAUGUCUUCAUUUACGAGCCAACCAAAAUCGAAACUCCUAAAGAAAGCAAGUUUGAUAAUAUAAAAUUGAGAAGUAACCUUAUCUUGACUUGUAAUGUCAAAGGGUUUCCGAAACCUAAAGUGCAGUGGUUUCACUUAACAUCACUUAAGAGCGCGCCAAAAAAAAUAAAUUGUGAUAAAAACUAUAAUGUUGUAUUAGAUAAAAUCCAAGCUGAAGAUGGAGGAUUUUAUAGAUGCACAGCAGACAACGGUUUUGACAACGACGAAAUCAUGUACACAGUUAACGUUCCAGUUCCAGUAACAAUAGUUCCUGAUUUCCUCAUGACAAAGGACUUAACUGUUGUUGAGGGAGACCUGAGUUUCGUCCUUACGUGCAUUGCGACAGGUAGUCCGAAACCAGAUAUAUCAUGGCAGCAUGAUGGAAUUAAAAUUGGAAAUGAUGGGAUAUUUAAAAUUUCAAAUGAUGGAACUCUUACGGUAAAUAAUGUUGUAUCAAGACAUAGCGGUACUUACACUUGCACGGCAGAAAAUAAAUAUAACAAGGAUACAAUGAACUAUGACGUACUUGUCAAUACAUUUCCAACAACCAAUGAAAUACCACUCAUAAUCACAAUCAUUGAGGGGGAAAAAAGCCAUGAUAUGUACUGUGGCUUGUACUUAGACUCAGGUUUCGUAGUACGAUGGUUUAAGGAUGGCAAAUUCAUAAAGGAAGGAGAUCUAAUUCUAACUGGUGUGACAAAGGCCCACGCCGGUUAUUACAUCUGUAGAGUUAGUACACCAGGACGCUCUUAUACAUUUCCUAAGAAAGUUAUUGUUGGCACUGGACCUAAAUUUAUAACUGCGGCAAGUCCUACAGUUAUGUUUAAGGAUGGAGCUGAAGCAAAGUUGGACUGCAGUGCCACUGGAGAACCACCGCCAACAACUACAUGGUGGCGCGAUUAUACAAAAAUCAAUGUAGGUUCAAGUCAAUACUCAUUUAGAAUGGAUGUAAAUAAUAUAGGACACAUUAUAUGUCAUGUGAGCAACGAAUUUGAUACUAUCAAGCGAAGUUUUGAUUUUAUUGCUGAAGAAUGCCUGAUGGAUAUAGAAAAUGAUUUCACGGCACGUCAACCAAUCUUAAUUUCUGGAUAUAAGAAACGACAGUGGCCUGUUUUUAAAGUAUCUGGUGGAACUCUUAGAAUGCACAAACAUGAAGAGUUCACACUAUUCUGCCCUAAUUCUUUUAUAUCCUACGCUGGCUCGAAUUAUGGGAAUGAUCUCAAGAUAUCUUGCGCGGGUGAUUCAAUGUUUGAACUAAGAAAAACGACCGUGAAUGCUUCGGAAAUCACAUGCAAUCAACCAGUAUUUCCCUUAGCAAGAAAUAUUAGUGAUCGUAAAUGUUUAGGGCACGACACAAAGCUAAUUCACGUUGGUUUCGACGUAGAUGGUGCCUCUAUGAAUGUCUUUAGGAUUUGCUUUAGUGAAACGACGAAUAUAACAUUAUAUGUAAUACACAGUAUACAUAAGGCUAUUGCAGCUACAAUACCAAAAAAUGUAGCGGGAUAUACUAAAGGCACUAAAUUGAGAUUCGAAUUUGAAGACAUAUAUGACUGCAGAAAUCAAGUGAACGAAAUAUCACAAUUCACAGGCAAAGCUGUUAGCGAUAAUUGUUGUUUUAAGCGAAGACAAUUAGUGAAUCCAAUGGAUGUUUUACCAGGAAUAUCUCAAGUGGCCACAUAUCACUAUUUAAAUGUUGUACCUCAGUGGAACUCAUGUAGUACAGAAAAUUGGGAUGAAGUUGAACGUCGAGUAAGAUCGUAUGCAUUAAAUUUAAAAGAUGAAAUAUCCUUAUGGACAGGCGCUGCAUACUCUGUGAGAAGUAAUAUUCCUACACUAAAUUUGAGAGACAAACUUGGUCAGGAACUACAAGUGCCGCAGUUUAUAUGGAGGGUCGUCGACCGCCAACUUGCGAUCAUCCACGUUAACAUUCCGGGCCUAACAUCAGCUCAAAUAUCAUCUUACAUACUAUGCUAUGACAUAUGCGAUACAAUAGACUGGAUGAAAAAUCCACAGUGGCACGAUGUUGAUAAAGGCUUCAUUUACUGCUGCGAUGUAGACGCAUUUGAAAACGCCUUCAACUACCAAGGAAUUUUUUAUAAAAACAGAUUCUAGAAUGUUUUUCUAUAUCAUCGAUAUCGAUAGCGGAAUUUAUAUUACGAAGUUAGUGGCACGAAAUUAGUUUCACGACA